ACGUUAAGUGACAGCUGUCAUAAAAAAUUAUAAAUUGGGAAUUUUGAGAAAUUCUAAACGAUAUAUGCGAAUACUGAUAUACUACAGGAAAAUAUGAAACCCCUGUCAAUGAAUAAUAAAGGCGACAUUCAAAUCGACUUAAACCAAGUCAGGAUAGAUAUAAAAUGUGGUAUUCGCGAAUGUACAGAUCGCGGUUUAAUGCAAACUACAAAGUGGUUGGCCGAAUUAAAUUAUGCUCUUAGGGACCACAAAAUUUCUUAUGAUGAUUCUCAAGAACUAAGGGAUGACGGUAUCUCUCCAGAAGACCGAGAUGCCUAUAUAUUAGCAAAAAGCUAUUUUGAUUGCCAAGAAUACGACAGAGCAGCAAAUUUCCUAGAGAAUUGCACAAGUCCCAAAUGUGUUUUUCUCCAUAAAUAUUCCCAGUAUAUGUCUAGUGAAAAAAAGCGAAUGGACAAUGCCACACAUGCAGGUGCUGAAAAUACAGAAUGCACACAAGUAUUGUUGGAUCUGCUGUCAUUCUUUAAGGCAAACCGCAACAACCUAGAUGGUUACUUACUUUACUUAGAAGGUGUUGUGUUAAAAAAGUUAGACUUACGAAGUCAGGCUGUAACAGUCUUGCAAGCUGCAAUAUCUGCUGCUCCUACUCUCUGGGCAGCAUGGGUAGAAUUAGCUGGUCUAGCUAAUGAAUAUGAGGCACUAGACUCCUUACAACUGCCAAAACAUUGGAUGAUGUACUUCUUUGCAGCUCAUGCAUUUGUAGAACUAAAGUUGUCUGAACAAGCUCUUGAAGCGUACAAUACAUUGGCUGCAGCUGGUUUUAAUAAGAGUACUUAUGUCACAGCACAGAUGGCUAUCGCACAUCAUGAUAGAAGAGAUGUGGACUCGUCAUUAGCUUUGUUUCGAGAGUUGUACCAAAAUGAUCCUUACAGGCUUGACAACUGGGAUGUUUACUCUCAUCUCCUUUAUUUAAAGGAGAAACGAAUGGAACUUGCUAAUUUGGCACAAAAGGCUGUAUCAAUUGACAAAUACAGAGUGGAGACAUGUUGUGUUAUAGGAAAUUAUUACAGUUUGCGAGGGGAACAUCAAAAAGCAGUAGUGUACUUCCAAAGAGCAUUGUCCUUAGACCCACAAUACUUAUCGGCAUGGAUACUUAUGGGCCAUGAGUUCAUUGAACUGCAAAAUUCGAAUGCUGCUAUUUAUUGUUAUAGGCUAGCUAUAGAUGUAAAUAGGAACGACUACCGCGCAUGGAACGGUCUUGGUCAAGCGUACGAAAUAUUGGGCUUAAAUGGUUACUGCAUUUAUUAUUAUUCAAGAGCAGCACAACUGAAGCCCGACGAUUCCAGAAUGUUGGUCUCCCUUGGCGAAGCAUAUGAGAAGAUGGAUAAAAUACCUAAUGCCUUAAAAUGUUAUUACAAAGCGCACAGUACCGGUGAUAUUGAAGGGAUGGCCUUGUUUAAAUUAGCUAAGUUAUACGAAAAACUGAAUAUGCCGAACAGCGCAGCGGCGGCGUACACGGCGGCCUGCCAGGACCCAGCCAAUGCGGGGAGCAAGGAGUUGCCGACAGCGCAGCAGUACUUAGCACAUUACUAUUUAAGAUUCUCGUUACUAGAUCACGCCGCGCAUUACGCUUACAAAUGUUUGGAACAUGAAAGUACUAAGGAAGCAGGAAAGAGUAUAUUGAAAAUUAUAUCGGAAAAGCGAUUAGCUGCUUCUUCACAGCCGGCGAACCUACCGGAAGAUUUGCCCGAAGCCAUCAGAAACGUCUCUGCGGUGUCCAUCACGCAAGAUACGCCAAAGACUCCACUGCCCAGCCCCAACGUGACGCCAGAUAAUUUCUCCACGCCAGUUCUAACACGGAAAAGCAGUAAAUAUAAAAUGUGACAUACAGCUGACCGAAGAACUAAAAUGUAAUGCAAGAGAGUAACGUAAAUGAAUGUAAUAAAGACAGGUAUAAAAUAAA